CUUAGAUAUUGGAACACUGCUAUGCUUAUGAUGGAAAUUUUCACAAAAUCUUAGAAUGAGGUUGGGGCUUCUGAUGGAAUUGAAGAGGCAAACAGGAUGAAGAUGACAGAGUGAAUUCUACAUAUUAAGAUCAUUUAUGGAUCAGCUCCAGAGAUGAAUGAUAAAACUUCAGGCCAGUCUUUCUACCAAAUGGCCCCUAAAGAUGAUCUUCAGCAUGUUGGAAUCCUCUCUCUGCUUCUCUAUUUCUCAUGGACAUGGAUUGGGAUCCUUGCUAUGGACGAUGAGAGAGGAGAAAGAUUUGUACGUGCUGUUAUUCCAGCGUUUUCUAAUCAAGGCAUCUGCUUUGCCUUCAUAGAAAUUAUCCCUAGAAUAAAUUACUCUGCAGAACAUGAAAACAUGUUAAUUCAAGGAGCAAAAAUUUACGAAGUUGUCAUGUCCAGCAAAGCCAAUAUAGUGGUGUACUAUGGAGUAUCUUAUUCCAUUUUGUUUUUGAUAUGGUUUCCCUACAUUUCUGAAUUUGGAGUACAAAAAUCGUAUAUAAAUCAAUUAAAAGGUAAAGUAUGGGUAAUGAUUACUCAGAUGGAGCUCAGUGUUUUGAACUAUCAAAGGACCUGGAGUUUAAAAUUAUUACAUGGUGCUCUGUCCUUUACAAUUCACACCAAAGAACUUCAUGGGUUUCAAGAUUUCAUUCAGAGUCAGAAGCCAUUAAAUAACAAAGAGGAUGGCUUUCUGCUGGACUUCUGGCAACAUGUCUUUAACUGUGCAUUUCCAAAUAGAAUUCAGGAUAAAGUUGUAGGACUCAUUUGCACAGGCAAGGAGAACCUGCAGAAUGUUCCUGGCUCUUUUUUUGAAAUGAAUACGAUUGGCCAUAGCUACAGUAUAUAUAAUGCUGUCUAUAGUGUGGCCUAUGCCUUGCAUUCCAUGACUGCAUCAAGGCUCAGACAAAAAGCAAGAAGAAUUGAAUUUUCCUUUUCAAUCCAACUUCAUCACUUUCUCAGAAGUGUCUCAUUCAACAACAGUGCUGGAGAUGAUAUCUCCUUUGAUGAGAAUAGGAGGUUAUUAGUUGGAAUGGACCUUAUCAACUGGAUUAUUUCCUCAAAUCUAUCCUUUCAUAGAAAGAAAAUUGGCAAAAUGGCUCAAGAAACUACUAUAGAAGAAACAUUGAUCAUCAGUAAAGAUGCCAUAGUAUGGCACAGCUGGUUUAACCAAAUCCAGCCAACCUCGAUAUGUACUGAACAUUGCCAACCUGGUACUAGCAAGAAAGUAAAGGAAGGGAAGCCAUUCUGUUGCUAUGAGUGCAUUCCAUGUCCAGAUGGAAAAAUUUCAGAGAAGGAAGAUAUAAGAGAUUGCUAUAUCUGCAGAAAUGAAUUCUAUCCAAAUAAAAACAAAAAUUUCUGUCUGCCCAGAUAUGUAAGUUUCUUAUCUUAUGGAGAACCUCUUGGGAUUAGUUUUUCUUUCUUUGCUCUUUUCUUUUCUUUGAUUACAGCUCUGGUGCUGGGAAUAUUCCUAAAACAUCACAACAGCCCAAUUGUUGUAGCCAAUAAUCGAAACCUCACUUACACACUUCUGGUGUCUCUCCUGCACUGCUUCUUUUGUGUGUACUUGUUCAUUGGCCGUCCUAAGCAGGUGACCUGUCUUAUCCGACAAACUGCUUUUGGCAUCAUCUUCUCAGUUGUAGUUUCUUGUGUGCUGGCAAAAACGAUCACAGUAGUUUUGGCAUUCUUAGCCACCCAUCCUGGAUCCAAGAUGAGGAGGUGGGUGACCAACUCGGUCCUUUUUUUCUGCUUUCUGAUUCAGGCAAGCAUUUGCAUUUCAUGGAUGUGGACCUCUCCACCUUUUGUAGAAGUUGAUACGCAUUCCGUGAAUGAAGAAAUCAUACUGCGGUGCAAUGAGGGGUCAAUGGUCAUGUUUUAUUGUGUCCUGGGUUACCUGGGCUUUUUGGCUAUUAUCAGCUUCUCUGUGGCUUUUCUUGCCAGGAAGUUACCUGACACUUUCAAUGAAGCCAAAUUCAUCACAUUCAGUAUGUUGGUAUUUUGCAGCGUGUGGUUGUCUUUUGUUCCAACCUAUCUGAGCACCAAAGGAAAAUACAUGGUUGCUGUAGAAAUCUUCUCCAUCUUUGCUUCUAGUGCUGGUUUGUUGGGAUUUAUUUUUUUCCCCAAAAGUUAUAUUAUUCUCUUGAGGCCAGAGCUGAACAAGAGAGAACACUUGAUAAGAAGGAAGACCCUGUCAUCUGCUGAGCGUAAUUACUCACAGAUAGAGAAGUCUUGGUCAUAG